GAAGGCCCGGCUGGUCGAGGUCGACUAUGGGACGGGGCACGUCGCGGGGCGCGCGGCGGAGGACACCGUAGUCUUCGGGGCCGUGCGGGUCUCCGGCGCGUCCUUCCUGGUCGUGGACGAGCUCAUGCCUGUGCCGUUCUCUCUUCCUCCACCGGCACGGGGCGUGGGACUGCAUCCUCGGCCUGGGCCGCUCGGGGCCGAAGGGCGCGCGGCGGCCGCUGCACGAGCGCCUGCGGGAGCAGCAGCAGCGGGCCCUGUUCGCCAUCGUCCCCUCCGGCCCCUCGGAGGCCUCCCUGGUCCUCGGCCGCGUGCCCUCCGCGUCCGUGGAGCCGGGCUCCCUGGUGUGGGUCGAGUCCAGGGCUCUGGGCAGGGAGCUGGAGAAGUUCUGGACCGUCCCCGGCUCCGUCGCGGCGGGGGAGCACACGUGGCGCGCGGACCUCGUCCUCGACAGCGGCUCCAACAUGGUCAUGAUGGUGCCCGGCGCGAGCUUCGCUCGGCUGCUGCGCGCGCUGCUGGGCCCCGUCCACGUGGAGACCAGCUGCUACGCGAACCCCGCCCCUGGCUCGGACGACGUGCUCUGCGACUGCGCGGUGGCGGAGGACCGGAGCCUGGGGGCGCUGCGGGUCGUGCUGGGCGGCAGGGCCUUCGAGCUCGAGGCGCGCGAGCUGUUCCUCCGGGUCCCCGCGGACGACGGCGGCGAGAGGUGCCUCCUGGAGGUGAAGCCCAACUCGAAGCUCCUCGGCGAGGGCAGCAACGGCUCCGCGUCGCCCGGCCAGGGGCGGCGGGCGCAGCUGUGGAUGCUGGGGGGCAUGUUCAUGGCGCGCUACGCCACGCUCUUCGACUUCGACCGCGGCGCCGUGGGCUUCGCCGAGGCGACGGCCGCCCGCGGGCCCGCCGCGGAGGUGCGGCCCUGGGUGGAGGAGGCGGAGGCGCGCGGCCUCGGCCCGGCGCG